CGGUACUGUCGUCACACCUCCCUUUAAUUGGAAUCUGAAAUAAAGAGUCAUGGAUUUCGAGGAAUUCCGUACAAGGGGCAAAGAGAUGGUGGAUUAUAUCACAGAUUACCUGAAAUUCAUCGAUCAACGUCCCGUUUAUCCGACGGUGCAACCCGGGUACCUGCGACCCCUGAUUCCGGAGAGCGCGCCCCUGGAACCCGACAGCUUCGAGGAUCUGAUGAAGGACAUCGAGAGAGUCAUUAUGCCGGGGGUAACCCAUUGGCAAAGUCCUCAUUUUCAUGCUUAUUUCCCCGCCGCUACCUCCUUUCCUGGUUUUCUGGGUGACAUGUUGUCUGGUGCUAUCGGCUGCGUUGGCUUUUCCUGGGCUGCAAGCCCUGCAUGUACAGAGUUGGAGACUGUGAUGCUUGACUGGCUGGGGAAGAUGUUAAAUCUGCCUGAAGAUUUUCUAGCAGGGUCUGGUAGAGGAGGAGGUGGAGUCAUACAGGGCACAGCCAGUGAAAGUACAUUGGUGGCACUUCUUUCUGCAAGGAAGAAGAUGGUUACACAAAUUCAAGCUAACUGUCCCGAUCUCGAAGAAGUCAUGAUCAUGUCAAAGCUGGUGGCUUAUACAUCGGAGCAGUCUCAUUCUUCUGUUGAACGAGCAGGUUUGAUUGCUGGUGUCAAAAUGAGAAAAUUACCCACUGAUGAGAAAUUCAGUCUCCGUGGGGAGACAUUAAGACGAGCUUUGGAAGAAGAUAAAGCCUUGAACCUCAUUCCUUUCUACCUUUGUGCAACACUUGGCACCACUUCCUCCUGUGCAUUCGAUAACAUUAUGGAGCUGGGACCUAUCUGCACUUCUCAAAAUAUCUGGAUGCACAUUGAUGCCGCCUAUGCAGGAAGUGCUUUUAUCUGUCCAGAGUUCAGACCUCUUUUAAAUGGAGUGGAGUUUGCAGAUUCUUUCAACUUUAAUCCUCAUAAAUGGCUUUUGGUGAACUUUGAUUGCUCUGCCAUGUGGGUGAAGAAAAGAUCAGAACUUGUUGGAGCUUUUAAAAUGGAUCCUCUUUACCUCAAACAUGAUCAUCAGGAUUCUGGACUCAUCACUGAUUAUAGGCACUGGCAGAUCCCCCUCGGACGUAGAUUCCGUUCUCUGAAAAUGUGGUUUGUGUUCAGAUUGUAUGGAGUAAAAGGACUUCAGGAACAUAUCCGUAAGCAAGUGAAUCUAGCACAUGAGUUUGAGAGUUUGGUGCGUCAAGAUGAACAGUUUGAGAUUGUAAAUGACGUCAUAUUGGGACUGGUGUGCUUCAGACUCAAGGGUUCAAAUGAUCUAAAUGAAAAUCUCAUCAAAAGAGUAAAUGAAAUGAGAAAGAUUCACAUAGUGCCAUGCCAACUUCAAGACAACUUUGUCCUCCGGUUUGCAAUAUGUGCACGUACUGUCGAAAGUGAACAUGUCCAGUAUGCCUGGCAGAACAUAAAGGAGAUUGCCACUGACCUGCAACAAGAACAUCAAUAA